AUGGAUAAACCCAAUCACAGUUACCCUGAUGAGGAAGUGAAUUUUUUGGUUGAGGGAAAAGUAUUCAGUGUUCGCAAGAAAAUGUUAGCAGCCGCAUCGGAUUUUUUUAAAGACAUGUUCGACUAUGCAAUUCCAGAAAAGGGCGACACUACAUCGACAAUUCCUCUACCACAAGAAUCCGUUCGAUCUUUUGAAUGCCUCCUUUCUAUGAUUCCCAAAGAAAGUCGUUUCUUUAUUAACAGCGACAAUGUGUUAGAAAUUUUUCGCAUCUCGGAUAAAUUUAUGAUCAAUGAUAUGAUUGAAAAAUCAUUAUCCUUCCUUGAAGAUAACUCUAAUGUCGAUCCCAUAGUCUCACUCUCGAUCGCCGAAAGAUAUCAACGAAAAGAUUUAUUCAAGGAAUCGUCAAAAUUAGGAAAUCCAUCAUGCACGGAUAACAUGUGA